AUGCCUGGAGCUUAUAAGAUUAUGGUGCGAGAUAAAGAAAGUUUUGCUUACACGAUUAUUGCCGAAGAGGGUAUUGAUAGUGAAUUGAUUGCUGCUUCCGGAGCUACUAAGUUUUAUUUCCAUCCCACGGUGAUUGGAGGAGUUAUUCCUUUUAAGAAUGCUAGUGUGAUGGCUUUUGUGCCUUUAAAACAGCAUCAAGCCUUAACCCAAGAAAAACAAGCUUUAAAUGAAAGGAGGAAAGGAAUAAUGACAACAGAAGAACAACAUUUGGAAGAAUACCGUAAAUUGCCAGUAGCGAUAACAACGGAAGUAGAAUCUUAUGCAGGAUGGCUAAUGGAUGCUGAGAAAAAAGCUAUGAUUAAUGGCACCACUAGUUCUAAUCAAGUUCAAGAAGCCCAAAAAGAAAUUGCUCGUAAUCGAAACAAAGAUCAAGAAAAAACCAGAUUAGAAGAAAAACUCAAUCAAACUGAAAGAGAUAAAGCCACCGCAGAACGAGAGCGGGAUAGUUUAGCGGAAAAAAAUAAAACCCUCCAAGCCGAGAACCAACGUCUGCGAGAGAAAAAUGAACAAUUAGAUCAACCUCCUAACUUUGAAGAUUUUGGAGAGAAACCUCAAUUUGAAACGGAAGCUAAAAUACUGCAAACUAAUUUGCCUACAUUUACUAAAUAA